GCUUGGAUUAAUCGACUAGAAUGAAUUCCAUAUUUUCAUUCUAGAACCGUGUUUGCUUGCUCUUAAAAAUACAACUUUUAAUAUUCUAAAAUAAAUUGCUCAAAAUGACCAUUGGAAAAAAUAACAAAAUGAUUCAGCAUCUGAAUUAUCGGGUGCGAAUCGUUCUGCAAGACUCUCGUACAUUCAUCGGAACUUUCAAAGCAUUUGAUAAGCACAUGAAUUUAAUAUUGGGCGACUGCGAAGAGUUUCGCAAGAUAAGAUCUAAAAACUCGAAAGUGCCCGAAAGAGAGGAAAAACGUGUCCUGGGCUUUGUUUUGUUGCGUGGUGAGAACAUAGUUUCUCUGACAGUAGAAGGACCUCCCCCUCCGGAGGAAGGACUUCCCCGAGUACCAAUACCAGGAGCUGCAUCAGGGCCAGGUAUUGGUCGUAUAGCUGGCAGAGGUGUACCCUUGAACAUGUCGGCAGUACCAGCAGGAUUACAAGGUCCAGUGAGGGGCAUAGGCGGACCCGCUCAACAACAUAUGGCUCCGAUGGGCAGGGGCGUGCCUCGACCUACCAUGAUGGGAGCACCCCCCCCAGGAUUAAUUCCUGGUGGUAUUCCUUCAUUACCAGGGAAUCUUGGACGUGGGGCUCCACCACCAAUGAGAGGCCCCCCACCUAGUAUAAUGCGAGGCGCACCUCCUACGGGUAGAGGUGGAUUUUAAAAAUAAUAUUUUCGAAUGUAUUUGGUCAAUAAAAAUUAAAUAAAGUAUUUUACAGAUACUUAA